CUUUCAUAUUCACAAAUGUAAAUACUAUUUGUUGCGUGAACAAUGCUACCACAAUGGAUAGUAAUAGCUAUUCAAUUUGCCGUGCAUUUAACUGGCUUGUUUGGGUACAUCUAUGCAACCCGAAACCCUUAUGGGACCAUAUCUGUGGUAGGGCCAGCUUUUGUGAACAGGGAAGUAACAUUGAAAAUGACACCGUUUUACCCAUGGGGAUCUGACGUAAAAUGGAAAUACUUAAUGGAUGGUAACACAGCCCUCCAAACAAUGACAUGGACAAAUGUCAAAAUAUAUUAGAUGGAUGGGUCAUUAUUUUUACAAUGGAUGGCUACAUCUGCAUACAACGGAUCUAGCUUCUUCGCCGAAUGUUCAACAAACGGAACAAUUAAAACACCCAUGACAUAUUUGAAUAUGAAAGAUAUUGAUGGACCUUGUGGAGCUUUCGUGAUUCUAAGUCCUGUUGUUCGAGGCGCGGAAGUCGAACUUGGAUAUUUUCCUUCUGACCAAUCUUUACAGCGCAAAACCUUCACUAAACGAACAUGGAAGAAAGAUAUGCAGAAUUUACAGUUGCGAGAAGGUUCUCACAAAGAGGAACUAUUAUCUGAGUAUUUGUACAUAUUGAUUAUAUUUGACUUUAAAGAAAGUGAUAAAGGAACGUAUAGCUUAUAUUGCAAUUCAGGUGCCUACACGGACUCUGUGCAGCUUCAUAUUUCAGAGCGACCGAGUUACCCUGUUCUCGGGCCAAAGUUUCCUGACUUUAAUACAACAGAAUGUAUUCAUGUUUAUGUUGGCUCCGACUUGUAUUGCAAAACUGAAAAUGGAACAGAGCCUGUACAAGUAUCACUUUUAAAUGGCCAGGACUCAUUUGAUCUUGCUGGAAGUAAAGGGAACAAAAGUUUGUACCGAUUAAAAAAAGUUCACCAACAGAUGGCUGGACUUUCUAGACGGAAGGUGACAUGUCAGGUUUCAAAUGCAGCCCUUGAAAAACCAUACGAAGUGCACGGCAACUUAUGUAGUGUAGAAAAAGGUAGCCUGCCUGUAUUAACAGUUCCUGAACAACUUCAUGGAGAAACGUCUACAUCAAUUUGUGAAGUGCGAAAUGUUUUCCCAGCUCUGGCAAUAGAAAUACGCAUUGACAAAGUUUUGCAAGCAGAUGUUGAACAAAUUAAUAUAUUUAAUGGAUCUUCGUAUACGUUCACCAGCAUAGCAACGAUGACAAAGGCUCACAAAACAUGGAAUGGAAAACAAAUGUGCUGUACCUUGACACCCAAAUACGACUUUGGUCUUGAAUCUGUGUCAGUAUGCAAAAACAUCAAUAUGCAAUAUCUUUUUAUGGAGACAGCUAUUGUAAAGGAGAGCAGUCCUUUAAUUCUCAAUUUAACCUGCCAAUCUGGUGGACCAUUCACACCAUGUUCAAUUGCGUGGAGCAGCAACUCUGUCUAUCUUUACCCAAUAUCGACAUCACAAUGGACAAAGAACAGUACCUCUGGUUAUAUAAGUGUUUCAAAUGCUCUCUACUUUAUUACUAAAGAUGUGGACGGAAAACGGAUACAAUGUUAUGCAAAAUGCGAGAACGAUUCAUCUGAUUCAAAACAUGAAACAUACACAAUUUCGAUUAAAGCUUUUCAAUAAUCAACUACCAUCUAUGCAUCCGUUGUAACCCCACAAUGGCAUACAUUGGUCCUUUAUGCCUUAUCAGGAACCUUCCUACUUGCACUGGUAACAAAGUUGACCGUGCUUCUCUUGCGUCGAUGCAAACCUCAUGUGUGUGAAAAGUUUCUACGCCUAAGAGGACCUGUACCUAGCGAUCCUAGUAGACACAUGUACGAUGCUGUUCAGUCUACUGUUGAGACAACUGCGCUUCACGAUCUAAGAAGGCCAUCUGCAAAUACCCCUGAGAACACAUCUCCAAUUUCGGUUAUGGAAAAAAACCAAGUCCGUUUAAACAGAAACGUAUGUCACUACGACUAUGUGGAUGCCUCAUCCGUCCAACAAGACCAAAGGACAAAUACAGCGGCUGGAACGUAUAUACACCCGAUAUAAAGCAACGUAUCUGUCCAAUAAAAGUGUGUUAUUGUAAACAAAACCAAAAAGUUUGUAAAUAUUUUUGUAAAUAUUCGUUAAGAUGUAUAUAGUCAUAAGAGAUUUUGUAAGAACAAUGCAUAACAUAAAAUGUAUAAUUUACACUAGAAUUCUAAAUAAUUAAUUUCAUUUACGUCUUUAUAGAAUAUAUAUAUAUAUAUAUUUUAAUUAUGUGAUUUCAUAUUGGCCUAGUUAUUUGUCCGAGGUAAGCCCUUUCGGGCUUAGGUAAUACUGCUGACCCAGGAAAAAUAACUCGGUCAAUAUGAAAUCACCUAAUUAAUAAGUAUUUUAUUAAUUAACUAUUACGUAUGGUUCGACAAUUUGGUUAAAAACAUUAUAAUAACUAACCUCAAGUUUAUUUUUGAGGCCUGUUUAUCGCCGAUUCAUUUAUUGUGUCUUCCUUUCUAGAUUUGACUUUGCUGAUUUUGACAUGCAUCAUUUAGUGACAUUGCACAUACUUAUGAA